AUGGAAGCCUCUGAAUUUGCUCUUUCACUCGCUCAGGAUGAACAUGGGCAAAUAUCAGGCACGCACUCUAUUGCGGCGGGACUCGACUACCCGGGGGUGGGGCCGAAACAGUCGUGGCGGAAGGAUAGCGGGCGUGCGGGUGUCCAAGUCGCGGGUGACGAUGCGCACGCCAUCGAGGCCCUCCAACUCUUGGCACGCACCAAAGGAAUAAUUAGUGCACCGGCCCAUGCGGUCUACCACGCCAUGCAGGUGAGGUUUAUCUCUUUCGAGACGAGGUUCUGGGUGUUGUGCUGA